ACUGGCCCACGACCACUGUCACUCGGUGACACACUGCUGAGUAACCCCCGGAGCUGUGAUCUCUUACUGGAGCUUGCUGUACAUGACAGGAGACCACCACAGACUGCUGGUGACCAAGGACGCCCCACACAACGCGCCAUCGCCAGAACAGUGCACACUAUCCCUUGUCACCAAACAUACUGUCACUGACAUGAAGGUAUCCUAUAUCUCUGUCGUCUGCCUCCUCUUCUCCCUGCUCAACACAGGUGAAGGUGGCGUCAUAUCCCAGAAACAAAGCCGGCGAUGGACACCAGCUGAGCACAACCCCUUCAAGGUGGAAGUGUGCUACACACGCUGCAGUGAGGAGUGUGGGGGCUACUGCCUCUUCGACACCGCCCGGUUCCGGAUGAAGUGCAUGUGUAGCGGAAAACGAGCCAAGUAUAUAUACUGAAUCGCAUUCGGAACUCCUUGGCUUCAGAUGACUGCAUACGGAAACUGCCAAGGAUUACCGAAAACAUGACCGUGUUGUGUGAAAACUGCAUCGUGUGUGGUUUGUUCUUAAAUUCCCUUGCUUUUUGUUGGGUUUUACCUCAAAACAUUCAAUUUAUUUAUCUGGAUCAAUCUCUGGACCAUUGCAGUACGUAAUAGCACUUCAUGCCAUCUUCUAAAGUCGGGUCAUCUACCUCGGAUAUUCGUACUUGUAUUGUAUUGACUGUGAUGCUUGAAUACAUUCGCUUGGUUUA